CCCAAACUUUCUCUUUCCUUUAAGUACAUCUUCACAUCACAUCUCUUUCUCUUUCAUUUCAAAGUAAAAAAACACAAAACACAAUGAAGCAAAACUACUUCACUCAUCAAUAUCUUCUUCUCUUUCUCUUCAUCUUUCUCUUCAUUAUUUCUUCUUCCCCAAAAUUAACUUCAGCCACUUUCUUGGCAACCAAACAUGAUGGAAUACAAGAGGAGCAAAAACUCAAUAUUGAAGAGUUGGGAAUGAGAAGUGAAUCACUUGAUGAGUUAAUGGGAUUGGAAGAUUGUCUAAAUGAAGAAGAUGAAGAAUGUUUAAAGAGAAGGAUUAUUGCUGAGGCUCAUUUGGACUACAUCUACACCCAAAGCCACAAGCCUUGAAAUAAUUAUAUAUAUAUUAUGAUAAUUACCUUCAUAAGUUUUCUUUAUGUAUUUAUUAAUUAAUUAGCUAAUUAUCUUUUCAUGUAUAAUUAUAUCCCACCCUUUUCCUUUAUAAUCUCUUAACUAGCUUAAGAAAUAGUGUAUUUUGUAAUUAAUAUUGAGGAGUCUUAUUAGUAACUUAAUUAGGUUUAAUUAUUAAUUAAGGUUGUGUACUUAAUUAUUAUUUGUUGUAACUUUGUUUUGUGCAUGAUGUUUUAAACUAAGUGGAAAUGUCCUUAUUGUGUAAUAUGUUUGAUGUAAUUAUAAUUAGUCUCUCAUAGCCA